AAGAGGAAGAAAAGCGAAGCGUCCUCCAUCUUCUAGGACAACAGUCAGACCGAACGAACGGAGAUUAAGACAAACAUCAGCGAUCAUGGGAGCUGUUCUGGGACUGUGCUCCAUGGCGAGCUGGAUCCCGUGUCUGUGCGGCAGCGCCCCCUGCCUGCUGUGUCGCUGCUGCCCCAGUGGGAAUAAUUCCACAGUGACUCGUCUCAUCUACGCCUUCUUCCUGCUGCUGGGAGUGGGAAUAGCUUGCAUCAUGCUGAUGCCUGGUAUGGAGGGUCAUCUCAAGAAGAUUCCAGGUUUCUGUGAAGGAGGCGUGGGAUCGUCUAUUCCUGGUGUGGAGGGUCAUGUGAACUGCGAUGUGCUGGUGGGGUACAAGGCUGUUUAUCGUGUCUGCUUUGGCAUGGCCAUGUUCUUCCUGCUCUUCUCCCUGCUCAUGAUCAAAGUCAGGAGCAGCCAGGACCCCAGAGCCACAUUGCACAAUGGGUUCUGGUUCUUUAAGUUCGCUGCAGCUGCUGCCAUCACCAUUGGAUCUUUUUUCAUCUCAGAAGGUCCCUUCACCACUGUGUGGUUCUACAUGGGCAUGGCUGGAGCCUUCUGCUUCAUCCUCAUCCAACUGGUUCUUCUCAUCGACUUUGCACAUUCCUGGAAUGAGUCUUGGGUGGAAAAGAUGGAGGAGGGCAACUCUCGCUGCUGGUAUGCAGCUCUGCUGUCAGUCACUGCUGUGAACUACCUGCUGUCCCUGGUGUCUCUGGUCAUGUUCUACAUCUACUACACUCACUCUGAUGGCUGCACCGAGAACAAGGUCUUCAUUAGCAUCAACAUGCUGCUCUGCAUUUCAGCCUCCAUCAUGUCCAUCCUGCCUCAGAUCCAGGAGUCUCAGCCGAGGUCUGGUCUGUUGCAGUCCUCGCUCGUCACGCUCUACACCAUGUAUCUGACCUGGUCGGCCAUGACUAAUGAGCCUGACAGGAAAUGUAACCCGAGCCUUCUGGGUAUUAUUGGGCUGAACAGUACCAGACCUGCAGGUCAGGACCAGGUGGUACAGUGGUGGGAUGCCCAGGGCAUUGUGGGAUUGAUCCUUUUCCUAAUGUGUGUCCUGUACUCCAGUAUCCGUAACUCCUCCAACACUCAGGUGAACAAACUGACUCUGACCACUGAUGAGUCAGCUCUGAUUGAGGACGGGCCACAGAGCGACAGCUUUGAGGAGAGCGGAGGCCUCAACAGAGCUGUGGACAAUGAGAAGGAUGGAGUUACCUACUCCUACUCCUUCUUCCACUUUAUGCUCUUCCUGGCUUCACUCUACAUCAUGAUGACGCUCACAAACUGGUACAGCCCCGACUCCAACUAUGAGGCUAUGACCAGCAAGUGGCCGUCAGUGUGGGUGAAGAUUUCGUCCAGCUGGAUCUGCAUCGCCCUCUAUGUGUGGACUCUGGUGGCUCCACUGGUCCUAGUCAACAGAGACUUUGACUGAAACACACACACACUGUCCCACUGCUCAUAUGCACACUUAUGCUCUGUUUUCGCUCAUGUCUAGUUUCACUAGAACAGUAGGUAGCUAAGCGUGUGUCAGUGUGCCACAACUCUGUCCCAUCCAGGGUACUGUCAGUGUUGUAGUGCACCCUACUGCUGUUGUAAAUAAUUCCUCCUGUGUUCCUUUGCUUUCUAAAUUCCCACAGCUGCAUGUGUUUCCUUGAAAACUUGAUGUGACUUUAACGUUAGCUUCUACGAGCAGCAGCAGGAGGAAGGUGUUUGUUCAGUGCAUGAACAGAGAGCUUGAACUUGUAGUAUUACAUUUCAAAAGUUGUUACAUGUAAAAAAGACAGGAAGAGUGCUGUUGAGAGGAAUGUAUGUGUUUGCAGCUACCAUAGCUCCAUCAGCUGCUCUGUGUUGCAUUGUGUGUGUUUGUGUGGUAUUAUAGUUGUCUGCUGUUGUGUUCGCCAGCACAUACACAACAAACGUGUCAAUUUGCAUUGAAUUUUGACUGAAAGUGAUUUCCCUGUGUUCAGACUUAGCAUGUAGCUCUUCAUAGAGAUUGUGAUUAGACAGUAUAUUUGUUUGAUUGUCUCUUCAUGUGCUUUUAUCCUUCUAUGAUUUUACUCUUGAUAUGAAAAAGUAUGUUGUAACUGGGUUAAUAAAACAGAUGAAAACAAUCUUA